CACUCUGAGUCCAUUCAGACCUCGGCGCGGCCCAGCGCUCUCUGUCGCGCGUGGGAUCCGAGACUCCUCCCCGCCAGGACGCCCCGCUGUUGUCGCGGAUCCGCGCCUUCAGCCCCCACCUGCCGGCUCCGCUCUGCGGAUCGGGAACCCCAAGCCCGCCUCCUCCGCCCCGGCCGCGCGGAGCCGCGCAGAGCGUGGGGAACCGCAGGCGCCGCCGUCGGGGGCUCCGUGGCCUCCAGCCGCUCUGCGCUGCGGCCAGCGGCGGCCGAUUGAGCUGUGUGGCGCGGAGCGGGGGACGAGGCCCGCGCCCGAGGUCGCCGCGCGGGCUCCAGGACCAUGGCCCCGAAGCUGCUGCUCCUGCUCUGCCUCCUCUCGGGCUUGCACGCGCGGUCCAGAAAAGUGGAAGAGGAUGAAUUUGAAGAUUCUUCAUCAAACCAAAAAUGGGUCUUAGCUCCAAAAUCUCAAGACACUGAUGUGACUCUCAUUCUCAACAAAUUGCUAAGAGAAUAUGAUAAAAAGCUGCGGCCAGAUAUUGGAAUAAAACCAACUGUAAUUGAUGUCGACAUUUACGUUAACAGCAUUGGUCCUGUGUCAUCAAUAAACAUGGAAUACCAAAUCGAUAUAUUUUUUGCUCAGACCUGGACAGACAGCCGCCUUCGAUUCAACAGCACCAUGAAAAUACUUACUCUGAACAGUAACAUGGUGGGACUGAUAUGGAUCCCAGACACCAUCUUUCGCAACUCUAAGACAGCAGAGGCUCACUGGAUCACCACGCCCAACCAGCUCCUCCGAAUCUGGAAUGAUGGGAAAAUUCUUUACACUUUAAGGCUCACCAUCAAUGCGGAGUGCCAGCUGCAGCUGCACAACUUCCCCAUGGAUGAGCACUCCUGCCCGCUGAUCUUCUCCAGCUAUGGCUACCCCAAAGAAGAAAUGAUUUAUAGAUGGAGAAAAAAUUCAGUUGAGGCAGCUGAUCAGAAAUCUUGGCGGCUCUAUCAGUUUGACUUCAUGGGCCUCAGAAACACCACAGAAAUCGUGACAACAUCUGCAGGUGACUACGUUGUCAUGACUAUCUAUUUUGAGUUAAGUAGAAGAAUGGGUUACUUCACUAUUCAGACAUACAUCCCCUGUAUACUCACUGUGGUUUUAUCCUGGGUGUCAUUUUGGAUCAAAAAAGAUGCUACACCGGCAAGAACUGCAUUAGGCAUCACCACGGUGCUGACCAUGACGACGCUCAGCACCAUUGCCAGGAACUCGCUGCCCCGAGUGUCCUACGUGACUGCCAUGGACCUCUUCGUGACCGUGUGCUUCCUGUUCGUCUUUGCUGCUCUGAUGGAGUACGCCACCCUCAACUACUACUCGGGCUGCAGAAAACCAGCCGCCACCAAGAACACAAGGCCGAACUAUUCUCUCCUGGAUAUGAGGCCGCCACCACCUGCCAUGAUCUCUUUAAACAACUCUGUGUACUGGCAGGAGUUCGAAGACUCCUGUGUGUACGAGUGUCUGGAUGGCAAAGACUGUCAGAGCUACUUCUGCUGCUACGAAGAGUGCAAGUCAGGGUCUUGGAGAAAAGGGCGGAUCCACAUAGACAUCUCAGAGCUGGACUCGUACUCCCGGGUCUUCUUCCCCACAUCAUUCCUGCUCUUUAACUUGGUCUAUUGGGUUGGAUACUUGUAUCUCUAAGUGCUGCCCAUAGUGACGAGUGAAGAGCUCUUGGUUCACAUUCUUUACCUUCGUCAUCCCCAAGACUAGUAGCGAUCAAUCCGGAGUCUCAGAGAAGAGCACUGCUUGGUUUAUCUUAAGUUAUAAAUUACUUUUCAGCAGCACAGGAUGUAUCUGGCAGAUAUUCCUAAUAUAUAUCACACACACACACAGACACACACUGAAUUUAACCAAAUUUUAAAGUGGUAUUCUUGCUAAUCCUAUUGAGUCUAUAGCUUGGUGAUGUUUUUUAAUGGUUUUCAGUACUGGAAACAGCUGCCAAUUACCCUUGCAAAGAAAUCUAAAAAACAGGCAAGCAGCUAUGUGAGCGGCUCUCCUGGGCCUGCCCGAUCUCUCUCUCCUUCACGGUCCUUGGCACCAGCACUCACCUGAAUGAAGCGCUCCUGGCAGACAUGCCCUCACAUCAGUCCCAGCCCUGUGCACAAGGCGCUGAGUUCCAGUCCCGUCUGCAGUCAGUACUGGGGCCCAUUUCCUCUCUCUGCAGCCUCUUCUGCUCUGGCACCGGUGUUAGCUGUCCUUUCUUGAUCCAACAACUCACUGUAGGCCUGGGAAGAGUGCGCACAGGUCUACAAGUUUUCGUUUGAGGAAAAAAUUCUAGUGUUGCUAAAGUCAAAGGUGUUGAUUAUCCAUGAAUAUUAGGAGGUAAUUACUUAAUUCCAAGCUACCAAGAGUCAACAGGACUUGAAUGUUGGGUUCUUGGACUAGUUCAACUUUAAUUCAACAUUUCCCCUUAAGAGAUAUGUUCUACCAGACCAAAGCUCAACCCCAAAGUAUGUGUCUGGCUUAUGUUGUUAUUAUGGUUCAAAAAUUACUUUCAUCCAGAAAAGAGAGACAUAGCAUGCAUAAGCCUUUGCUUUGAAAUCAUAUUCCAGAGUAUGCAAGAAAUGUAGGUAGAAUUUCAAAAAUUUAAUGAAUAUUGAUUUUUAAAUUAAACCAAUUUUAGAUGCAAACAAUGAGUAAUGGCUGUCACCAGUUAUACAUUUUGAUGAGCAAAAAUCAUUUUGUACUUUCAAGUGUGGAUAUAUAGCAAAAUCCCAAAGAAAAAAUUCCCCAAUCAAUAUACUUUUGAUAUUUUUAUAAUACAGAUCCAAUUUGCUUCCUGAUAUUAAUUCUUUGUUAUAACUGGAGGCCAAUAUGUACUUUAUAUGAAUCUUUUGAAGCUUCUUUUGCGCAGCGGGGGGGAAAGUCCUACCGGUUAGUUAAUAAUGCUCUGGCUUUAUUAAAAUUUUAGUAUUAGCAUUUCUUUGCUCCCCAGUUGUCUCACCAGGAAACUGAAUUGAUUAUAUUGAAAAUAUUCAUUUUUCAGUUAUCUGUUGUGCAUACUAACAUUACUAAAAUAAGUAAAACAUUAUGCAGAGAAAGUUUCUAAAAGCACUGAUUCACACAAUUACCAGAGGAGAGGAUGAGAGCGGAAGAGACCAGGAAAACUGAUAUUAAAUAGGUCGCUUAUUAUUAACGUUUUAACAUUGCUGCAUAUCAAGUGAAUGAGAAAAAACUGGUACACCACCACCCAAAUUUCAAGGAUCAGAUUUACACAGUGGGAUAUCUAAUCCCAUUGUUUUUCUUUCUGCCAACUGUGUCUUUUGGUUUGAUAGUUGCUACACAAGCCACAAGCCAAUUGGCUGUACCUAGCAAAUUUAAUUUAAAAACUAAAAUAAUACUUGUGCAGAAAUAAGUUGAAAAAGAAUGGCUUAAAUGAAAUGUCUCCUCUCCUGGAGAGUUUCAGGGUUAGUAUCCUAGUCUGUUCCUCAAGCGUGAUGGAGCCAGCCCCCUGUGCAGACCCCCAGAGGGUAACCCAUCACACCAUAGCUCCAAGCCCAGAGCCCAGUGGCACAGACACAGUUUCCGGCACUGUACAUUUAUACUUUCUAUAGUAUGAAGAAUUUUAACCUGUUACAUCUUCAAGUAAGUUCAGAAAAAAAUCUUCUAGUAAAAUUCUUCUUGAGAGGAAAAUAACUUAAAGGCAUUUUUAUAGCAUAGAUUUGGUUGCAUGUUACCUUGAAAACAAUUUGGCAGAUGCCUUUUAUUUGAGAACUUCUCUCUAUUUGUAAGUCAUUAACAAUUCACAUGUAACUUUGGGAAGGGAUGGAUAGAGGGAAAUAUACCAAGAGCCUCUGUUUUCUGAA